UAUAAAUAGCAUAGUGUUUUGCAUAAUCUUCCCAUCCUCAUCAUUCAGUUCUUUUCAUCUCUUUCACUCCAAACAAACACUCUCAAAGGAUCUUCUUAUCGAUUCUUCACAACACCAUGACAAGUAUUCCAUCUCACAUGAAAGCUUGGAUCUACUCUGAAUAUGGAAACAUAGAAGAAGUUCUCAAGUUUGAUCCUAAUGUGGCCACACCACACCUCAUGGAAAAUCAAGUGCUCAUCAAAGUUGUGGCUGCAGCCAUUAAUCCAGUAGAUUAUAAGAGAGCUCUUGGUGAUUUCAAGGACAUUGAUUCUCCUUUACCAACUGCACCAGGGUACGAUGUUGCUGGUGUGGUGGUGAGUGUGGGAAGUGAAGUGAAGAAAUUUGAGGUUGGAGAUGAAGUUUAUGGUGACAUCAAUGAGAUUACUCUGGACCAUCCAAAGAGUAUUGGCUCUUUGGCUGAAUAUACUGCAGUUGAAGAGAAAGUAUUGGCUCACAAACCCUCCAAUUUGAGCUUUGCAGAAGCUGCAUCCCUUCCUUUAGCCAUAAUCACUGCUUAUCAAGGACUUGAAAGAGUUGAGUUUUCUUCUGGCAAAUCUAUUCUUGUUCUUGGAGGAGCUGGUGGAGUUGGAUCCCUUGUUAUUCAGAUCGCCAAACAUGUGUUUGGUGCAUCAAAGAUAGCAGCUACUGCUAGUACUGGAAAACUGGAAUUGUUGAGAAACUUGGGAGCAGACUUGCCUAUAGACUACACAAAAGAGAACUUUGAAGAACUUGCAGAGAAGUUUGAUGUGGUGUAUGAUGCCAUAGGAGAAACUGAAAGGGCAUUGAAGGGCCUUAAAGAAGGUGGUAAGGUUGUGACAAUAUUGGCACCUGCAACUCCACCAGCUAUACCUUUCUUGCUGACUUCUGAUGGAGAUUUGUUGCAGAAACUGAGACCUUACUUGGAGAGUGGAAAGGUGAAGGCAAUGUUGGAUCCUAAGAGUCCUUUUCCAUUUUCUGAGACAGUGGAAGCAUUUUCAUAUUUGAAGACUAACAGAGCUACUGGGAAAGUGGUUAUAUAUCCCAUUCCAUAAUAUGCAUGCAUGCAUGUAUUUCCUAUUUCAGUGUCUGUGUUGUAAUAAAGCUCUUAGAGAUAUCAAUGGUUGUUAUCUGUGUUGUAAACUAUUAUAACUACACUUUGGAACUUCCUGCAUGUGUUAUUCUGUUUUGUCAAAUAAUGAUCUGAACAUUAUGUACU